UCUCCAGUUUGACCAAUUCUUUUGUUUGCUAGUGUCAAAUUUCUCCUUGACGGCGCCCUUUUAAUUUUGCCUCUCAAAUGCGUUGGUCUCGAACUCUCUUCUUCUCGCCUUCACUUUCUUUGUCUAACACUCGUCUCUCUCUAUGCGCCAUUGCCGGCCGCAACGUUUUGCCUUCAAUAGCGUCAAAUUAAGUCGGAGAACUCGUCGUAAUUUCCAACAGAACUGAUUGGACCCAAACCCGGUUCUAAUUCCAUCUGUUCAUCUCGUUGCAAAAGGGGCUGUUUUACUACAUAAAUUAUGUUAAUUUCUAAGCUUUCUAGAGUUGGAUUUUUGAUUGCCAAAGAGCUAUCAAGAGGCCAAUAUACAUAUAUGUCUAGAACAAGAUUUAGACAAAUGCCUUGUGGACGAUACCAGCGUUCUCUGCUUGAAUUACUGCCAGAAACUAGAGCCUUUCAAGGUGCCAUAUUUCAAAAGCACCGUGAUUUUUCAACCUCAGCUUCCAACAAUGCUUCUGAGGGAGGCGAUGAACAGAAAGAAACGAUAUCUGUUACAUUUGUUUCGAAGGAUGGAGAAGAAAUCCCUAUUCGGGUGCCUAUGGGAAUGUCUAUGCUGGAAGCAGCUCAUGAAAAUGAUAUAGAGCUCGAAGGAGCAUGUGAGGGUUCACUUGCUUGUUCAACAUGUCAUGUCAUAGUGAUGGACAUGGAGUACUAUAAUAAAUUAGAAGAUCCAAUUGAUGAGGAGAAUGACAUGUUGGACCUGGCCUUUGGGCUUACAGAAACGUCUCGCCUGGGAUGUCAAAUAAUUGCAAGUCCUGAACUUGAUGGAAUUCGUUUAGCAAUCCCUGCUGCCACUCGAAACGUUGCUAUUGAUGGGUAUGUUGCAAAACCACAUUAGACAUGAUACAAAGCGUAACUUUGUUUAAAUUGAGCGUAGAGGAUCUGGUUCCGGUCAUCCAGUUUUGUAGCUUCUCUAUUGCAUUGGAUCAACGAGCAUCUACUAUCCUCAAGUGAUUGUUUUUGUAUUAAUUAUUUCUUACUAAAUUUCUAAUAAUCAAUGUGACAUUGAUUCUACCCAUCAAAUGAUAUCAAAGUUCAUAUGACCAUACUUUGUUCUGCACCUUUCCGAAUACAGACCAGGAAGCUCAAUAAUAAUGUCAUUUUGACAGGUUAUUUACUCUGUGCUUAACUAUAACUCCAUGGUGGGGGCUGAUAAACCAUAAUUUAAGUGAGGAUUAGUUCUCAAAAUCAUGAUCAUCAUGAACCUAUGAUAAACUAAAGCAUCAUGGUUCAAUAUGUAUCUUUAGUUUGUUGCCUGGAACUGAUGUUCUGGUUGGUAGAGCUCUAGGAUGUCACGUCUGUAGAAGUUUUAAUCCUGUGGUAUCAGAUAAAAUGCUUGCUAAUUCUAUAUUGCUUAAUUCUCUGGCAAGUUGAGAUUGAAAAAUCGAAACAAAUGGAUUGGAGUUCAGAAACAAAUGAAAUACUGGCAGUCAAUACUUGCACCUCUCAGGCAAUUUACUUCAAGGUGAAGAAUUUGUUGAAAAUGAAGUGUGAGAUAAAGGCACGUCCUAUGGUAAAUUGUUGGGCAGAUUUUGGGUUGCUGUCGUCUGAUAGCCUGCUCGGAUCCUCUGUCGGCCCACUUCGAUGUAUCACUAUCAAUAUCCAUAUUGAUGGACUUCAAGGUGAUUGACAUAUUCCCCUUUGAUUUUUCUAGUCGAUUGUCAGGUUCCACCUAAAUGGGCUGAUUGCUCCCUAAGAAAUCCUAGCUUCGUUAAUUAGUACCAGUUGGUACGAGGGCCGAGGCAGUACAAAUCAAAAGGGACUGUAAAAUGCUUUUGCAUUACCUAAACUGCAACCUUACGCUUCACGACGGCAUUAUUUCUUUACCGUUCUCAAAAUUUACUUCAGAAAAUUUUCAAAUCUAUUCACUGUUGAGCAUCCCGGAAUUAGCCUAUCAUUAACUGAUAUUCAGACAUUUGGUUUAAUGUUUGAUACAUGUUUUUUUAAUCUCAAAGAGUUGUGUUCGUGUCUCUUAUCUCAAUAAUUUUUUAUUAACAAUUGCGUCAGUGAUUAACAAUAGAAUC